CGAUAUCCAUAUCCACCGCCCGCUGGGGCACCAGGACGUCGGUUCCCAGGCGGGGGAUAUGGAUAACAAAUCCCCGCCUCACACUUCAGGCCGGCUGGAUGGCAGGAGUCCGAUGAGGGCCAUCUUGCCCUUGGACGUUCGGCUGGAGGGAGCAGUUGCUCGCCUCCCUGGAAUCGUAGUGUCAAGCCGGGCCUGUCCCUCUACAGGGGGCAUACUCAAAAAUGGUCCAACAAUAGUCUGGGGACCAUUUUGUGAGUAUGUUUGGGCAUCUUUUGAACAUGGUUUGACCAUUUUUUAUUUUGCGUCCACAUUCCCCCUGUAUAGGAGGACAGGUCCGACUGAAUCGCAGUGCCAUGCCGCCGAGGCCGGCCAGACGGCACGUGCCCCUUCUUUCGGCACGCUCGGCUCGAGCGCGCAGCUGCUCGGGACCGAACACCUCUCCGUGCCACCUGAAUCUAUGGUCUUUGCUUUCGUAGAUCGUCAGCAUUGCACGCUCGGGUGGAGCGCGCAGCUGCUCGGGACCGAAUAUAUUUCCAUGCCACCUGAAUCUAUGGUCUUUGCUUUCGUAGAUCGUCAGCAUUGCACGCUCGGGUGGAGCGCGCAGCUGCUCGGGACCGAAUAUAUUUCCAUGCCACCUGAAUAUAUGGUUUUUGCUUUCGUAGAUCGUCAGUAUGGCGGCGCGCCCUCAACUUCGCCGCCUGCUGCCGUCGUCGAAUCUGUUUUUGUUCCAGCAGAUGUUGUCACUGCGAGAUGCGGUCGGCCUGCUCGUGAACGGCCGAUGGGCCAAGCAGUUGCAAAAAUACUGUGAUAUGGAUAGCGGCGCGCGGUGCGAUGCAUCCGCCCCUUCUCUGGAUUUAGAGGCCCACGAAAAAAAACUCCCGGCUUCAUGCGGUUACAGUGGAAACCCAUGCC